UGUUUUUCCGCCAAAAUAUAAAUAGAGGGAAGCGAGUGAAACUGAAGACCGAGAAGCAAAGAAAGCGAAAAUGGAGAUGAAAAGUCCUCCACCAUGUCCAAGCACAGUGACUGUGCGUAGAAACCCUCACAGAAAAGCCAGAGCUACACCGGCCACAACCGCCCCUCAAAUUCCCAACGUUCCUCCAUCUUCUUCAACAACCACAAGAGACAUUCCCUCAUUUCCAAUUCACGAUAUUCUUGCAAUCGAAAUCCCCCAAAACCCUAAACCACCAGAGGACCCUUCACCAUCUUCACCUUCAAAAGGCCCAAUCUCUGAGGAUCUCAAAGUCUACCUCAGAAUUCGGCCUCUUUUGCUGCCCAAGCUUUUGGGGCGAAAUGCCACCGUUGGCGAUCAAAACCCUAGGGCCAGAGCCAAGAACGCGUGGCCACAGAACCCAGCGAAGAAGAACGCUGCGAGGGACAAGAGCGCGAAGACGAAGAAGACCGAUGAAGGUUGUAUUACAGUCAAUGAUUCUCACUCGGUGACGUUAUCGCCGCCCUUGGCCCUAAAAGAGUCGAAGCGAAUCAAGUCUGAGGUUUACGAAGGAUUUUCCCAUGUGUUUUCGACCGAAUCGUCUCAGGGUGAAGUGUAUGAGAGAAUGGUGAAGCCUCUAGUGGAGGAUUUUCUUAGGGGUAAAAGUGGAAUGCUUGCUGCAUUGGGGCCAAGUGGUUCCGGCAAGACUCACACAGUUUUUGGAACUCCAAGGGAACCUGGUAUGGUACCACUUGUGCUUCAACAGAUUUUUAAACAGUCCGAGGGAAGUGGUUCAAAGUCGAGGUCAUUUUGUAUUUCGAUUUUUGAAAUAUAUUCUGAACGGGGAAAAGGAGAGAAGGUAUACGAUUUGUCAGCUGGUGGAACUGAAUUGAGCAUGCAGCAAUCAACUAUAAAAGGGCUUCAAGAGGUUGCCAUAUCUGAUGCUGGGCAGGCAGAAUCAUUAAUAGCUUGUUCAAUGCUAAAACGAGCCACGGGAAUGACAAAUGCAAACAGCCAGUCAAGCCGGUCGCAGUGCAUCAUUAAUAUUAGCAGUGUUGUUAACAAGGCUGAUGAAGUUGAUAACAAUGCUGUCCUAACUAUUGUUGACCUUGCUGGAGCUGAAAGAGAAAAAAGGACUGGGAAUCAGGGAGCAAGAUUGCUUGAAAGCAAUUUCAUUAACAACACAUCAAUGGUCUUUGGCCUGUGCUUAAGAUCAUUGCUGGAGCAUCAAAAGAACCCAAAGAAGCCCCUGCAGAAGCACUUCCAAAACUCCUUGUUGACCAAAUACCUGAGAGAUUAUUUGGAAGGCAAGAAGCGGAUGACAUUGAUUUUAACUGUUAAAGAAGGAGCAGAAGACUAUCUUGAUACAUCCUACCUUUUAAAACAAGCUUCACCUUAUAUGAAAAUCAAGUUCAAUAAGGUUGAGGAGUCUUCCAUGAUGAAUGGUAACAAGAGGCAUUUCCAAGCAUUUUCUAGACUUGGGAAGCCCAAAAGAAUGAAACUUAGUGGCCUUGAUGCUCAUGUGUUUGAAGAAGGACAGAGCAUAGUAGAUGAGCAGAGACUUUCAGAGGAAGAGGGCUCAACAAUCAACAGAUUGGACGUUAGUGAAAAUGCAAGCAUAAAAUCGGACUCUGCGGAUUUGGCAGAGAGAGAGAGAAACCAAGAGAUUAUGGAAAAUAUUGCCAAAACUAUGUGGAAUUUCUUGAAGGAUUAUAAACAAAAACUCGAGGUGGCCGAGAGUGAAAUCAAUAGUCUUAGAGAAAAACUUAGGACUGAAGAGACUCAAAACCUUGGCCUGAGGAAAGAGCUGGAGGAUUUGAAGUCUUGCUGUACUUGUUCUAAGGGAAAUCAUGGGGAAACCUCCAUAGUUGAAGUAUGUACUAGUUCUGAGCCCAAAAUAGGAUUACAGGGAUAUGGAUCUAGUAAAAUUGAUGAGAAAGAUGAGGACCUUCAUUCGUCCAGCCUGAAGACGUCUUACUGCAACACCUUGGAAAAGUGGGACUCUUCUCCAAGACAGGAAAGAGAUGCGUUCUCUCAGGAAAAUGGUGAAUCUUUUUCUCUAAACAUGAGUGGAUUUGAACGUGUUGAAAAGGAGCAAGAAUCUAAUUCCACUGUGAGUAAUACCGAGGUCGAAUUUGUAAAUGCCUCAUGUCUUCAUGUUGAAAACUCCAACCAGCAGAAUUGUCAGAUAGGUGAUAUCUUUUCUGGGAAUGGGCACAACACACAGGAUUUAAAUGAUUCUAAAUAUUUGGCAAUCAAGGAUAAUUUUUCAGAUGCUGAUAUACCAGAGUUUGGUAUCGGCUAUUCACAGUCACAUGCCAUGGUUAGAAGUGACAGCUGUUCAUCAGUAGAGCUGGACCAAUAUCUCACCGAGGAUGAGGAAUCUUCAGUUCUGCCAGCAUCAACCAAGGAAGAUGUUGCAUUUACCCAAGGAUGCAGCACCCCUGAUGUGCCAGAGAGUGAAUUAGUGCUUGAUACUUCCUGUAGAGAGUUGAAUUUUGAGAAGUUAAAUAGGAAACCUUUGCCCGCCUCAUCAAUAUCAACAAGGGAUUGCAGUGCAUUGGAUGUUGAGGAUCAGAUUAAUAAGCCAUCAGAAUUUUUGGAUUUACCUCAAUCAAAAAAGAAGGAUGUUACAUCUACGAAAGAAAGCGACGUUGAUGUGUCCAUUACAAAAGAAAGUGACGUUGAUGUGCCAGAAAUUAAACCAAGAAUUGAUACUUCCUGUAAACCAGAGAAACCAAAAAGGAGACUUUUGCCUGCUUCAUCCAUAUUGCUGAGGGAUUUCAGUACUUUGGAUGUUGAGGACGAUGUUGAGAAACCUAAGGGAAACAGAACUGGAGGUAAAUUGGCUGCGGAUGAAAGAAAAAGAACUCAAGAGAGCUCUCUCCUGCGCUUACUUAAGAGCAACCUUCGCCUCUAACAUGGCAACCCUUUAAUCCUAGAGGGAGAAAUAAAAAAAGGCCUUCUUUUUGGGCUGGAAAAAGCGGCCUUUUUCUUUCUGCUGGGAUUGUACAUAGGUGGGGCAUUUUUUGUGUUCUAUUCUCUUUGUGCUUUAAGCUGAUCGUAGAAAAUUGGGCCUUGUUGUUGUAGUUUAGGUUAUAAAUUAUUUGUGCUUGCAUCCACCUUCUCUUUUUUCAGGCGCAACAAAAAAAGCAGCAGAAGUUAAGAAAUCAUUUCAAGGCAAAUGAUUCAUAUAUGUGAUUUCUAUUAAAUAAAGAAAAAUUCAUAUAUGUGGAAA